AUGGCUACGAUGAUUCACGCUCCCCGUGACCCGAACACCCUCUCCAAUUACAACAAUUGGCGGACCCUCCACACCUUCACUGGCUUGGACAUCUUGUUCGACGAGCAGAAACUGAAAGGCACCGUUGUCCACAGCUUGGAAUCCAUCACGGAUGGCGAAAGUGACGAGAUCUUGCUCGACACCAGUCAUGUCCUGAUUCACGGCGUCAAGGCGGAUGGCAAACCAAUCGAGUGGGAAUUGCUCAAGCGGCUCGAGCCAUACGGCAGUCCCCUCAAGAUUAAGCUUGGACGGAAGCCACAGUUGAAGGAGAAGAUUGACAUUGAAAUCAACCUAGAAACGACGUCCUCCUGCACCGCGUUGCAAUGGCUGACUCCGGCUCAAACCUCCAAUAAGAAGCAUCCGUAUAUGUUUUCACAAUGUCAAGCCAUACACGCCCGAUCCAUUUUUCCCUGUCAAGACACCCCGGACGUCAAGGCAACGUUUGAUUUCCGCAUCAGGUCGCCUCUGCCGGUGAUUGCGUCUGGCAUUGGGGCGAAAGACAAUCCAUCAUCCCCAUCUCCGAAUGGAUCCUCUCAGCUCUACCAAUUCCACCAGAAGGUGCCUAUCCCUUCAUAUCUCUUUGCUCUUGCCAGCGGCGACAUUGUCACCGCCAAAGUUGGUCCUCGAAGUCUUGUUGCUACAGGCCCGGACGAGCUCAAAGACUGCAAAUGGGAGCUGGAGGAGGAUACGGAAAAGUUUCUGCGUGCAGGCGAGUCGCUCGUGUACCCAUACGCAUGGGGUGAAUACAACGUGCUAGUUCUCCCGCCGUCGUUCCCCUAUGGAGGCAUGGAAAACCCCGUCUACACAUUCGCCACACCUACCAUCAUUUCUGGAGACCGACAGAACGUUGACGUGAUUGCUCACGAACUGUCGCACUCCUGGUCGGGCAAUCUCGUCUCCAAUGCCUCGUGGGAACACUUCUGGCUGAACGAAGGCUGGACGACCUAUCUCGAACGGCGAAUUCAAGCCAUCGUACAUGGCGGCGACCAGUGGCGCGAUUUCUCCGCGGUGAUAGGGUGGAAGGCGCUCGAGCAAUCCAUCAGUGAACAAUUUGGCGAGCAACACGAGUUCACGAAGCUCGUUAUCGACCUGAAGGGCAAGGAUCCUGACGACGCAUUCUCCAGUAUCCCUUACGAAAAAGGGUUCAUCUUCCUGUACUACAUCGAGAAACUGAUCUCUAAGGAACAAUUUGACAAGUUUAUCCCGCACUACUUUGAGACGUGGCGGGGCAAAUCUCUGGACAGCUAUGACUUCAAGCAAACACUACUCGACUUCUUCAAAUCCAACGACACCGUAUCGCAAAAGCUAGCCACCAUCGACUGGGACACCUGGUUCUACAAGCCAGGCUUCCCACCCAAACCCGACUUUGAUACGUCGCUCGUGGACCAAUGCUACCGGCUCGCCGAUCAAUGGGAGAAAUUCACCAAGAACCCCAAUCCGGAUUUCGGACCCAGCAAGUUCGACAUCGACGGCUGGUCGGCGAAUCAAGUCGUCGUCUUUCUCGAGAAACUGCUCACCUUCGCGGACAAAUUGCCGCAGCCGCACGUCAACUACAUGGGCUACAUCUACGACCUGAAGGAGACGAGAAAUGUCGAGAUCUCGGCGCGGUACUACCAGGUGGCGAUGAAAGCCGGGGACUGGGCGGUCAAGGGAUUCGUGACGAAGCUCUUGGGCGAAGUGGGCCGGAUGAAGUUCGUCCGCCCACUGUACAAGGGCCUGAUGAAGAUGGACUAUCAGCUGGCGGUCGAGACCUUUGAGAAGAACAAAGACUUCUAUCACCCUAUCUGCCGCGGCCUGGUGGCCAAGGAUCUGUUCGGGAGUAAACAGGAGCAGAAGUAG